UGACCAAAAUUUUUUAUUUUUUUACAAAGCUGAUACUUGAAGCACCUGCAAAUGGGUUUCCUUUUAUUUGGUUGUGUUAACAUCUUGCAAAACUUGAGUACAGGGUUUUUGGAUGUACUUUAUGCCAAAAACAUGUCCUAUUUUAAAAUACUUUAUGGUACUAUUAAGGUACAUUCAUAUCCAAAGUAUGCAAGUUAUGUAUCUAUUGGCUUAGCUAGCUCUUGUUACAUUUUAUGCUAUACAUUAUCGAUCAUGGUGGCUUAUUUCAUACCUUUUGAGACGCAAAAUGCCAUUCUUUAUUUCUUUAUUUCUUAUUUCGUAAUGUCAGACACAGAGAAAAUGAGAACAGCAGUCAGUAGGCUCUUUGUCGAGUCAGGAGAGAAAGAAAGAUUACUUGAGCUACUGAAGCUGCGCUUACAAGAAUCAGGUUGGAAUGACAACUUGGAUGCUUACAGUCGUGAUACUGUACGAAACAAAAACUUGCAAAACGCUUCUUUAGAUGAAUUAACAAAAGAAAUGGGAGAUUAUGGUCGAUCAACCGUCAAUGAGGUGAUUAAAAAGGAUUUACUCGAACAUAUUAAAAAGUUCCUUGAUGAGAACCUCGAUUAAUGAGCAGCAACAGCUUCAUUAACCUCUUCCACAACACCACGAAUGACAGGCUUUGUUUCCUUCAAAUUCAAACGCAUUGCCAAAGCAUCUUCACCAUCAGCAUAAUACUUUUUCUCAAUGUCAUGCACACUAUCAUAAUAAACAUUAAAAUCACACGACAUGGGCUGCUAAGAAAACUUACUCAAACUUCAAAGUAUCUCUAUA